UUCAUUAUUACUCUACAAUGUAGAAAAUAGUCAAACUAAAGAAAAAUCCUGGAAUGACUAGGUGUGUCAACUUUUGACUGGUACUGUACAUUUUAUAUUUGGUUAAUUUACACAUCUGCAUUUUCCUAUUUUCUGUAUAUUUGCCUGUCUCUAAAGCAUAAUAACUGUAUGUAAAGUAACUAUUAAUGCAUCCAUUCCAUAGUCUACGUGUUUAUUUUUGAUAAUCCACUCUGUUUUUGUUUAGAAUUUCAGGUUAUUUAACCUAAAUCUAUUAGUAUAUGUCCAUUUUCACCAUAUUUGACCUUUGACCCAUUAAAAAUGGCCUUAAAAAUCAACAUUUCACAGGACAUCAGGCCUAAAUAUGUGUACCACCUCAUAAUUGUUUAAAAAGCACAUUUUUUUCAAGCACUUUUUCUCUGUUGACUGGUCACUAUCAGGCCCACUCAGAGGAGUGGACAGAACCAGAGUAAAACGUGGAGCGGAGCUGAUGGGCAGGCUGCCUGAGAUCCCCCAUCCCCUAAAACAGGAGAAACACAAUUUUUCCCUUUUUGUGGAAUUGAUUUCCACCCUAAACCCUUUAGUGGAUGACCUACAUCAUUUAGCUAAAUUUCCAAUAUACCAUCAUUUUGAUACAUUUCCAAAAUAAAUUUGUUUUUCCUUUUUGUUGGAAUCUUGCCACUUUGUGUUUUAUGGUUACAGUGGUUCCCAACUGGUCACUGCUAAAUGAACCUGAAGUUAUUAAGAGUCAAGGUGCUCUGACCCUCCACCAGGUGGUGUAGUCGGUACUUUGUGACAUAUGUUAGUCCUGCUGUUUUUCAUAUUUUAUAGGUUUAACAAAUUUGAGCUCCAGCACAUAGUUCCUUUUUCUCCAAUCCGUACAUUCUAAUUGGUCAUUUCAGUCCAUUACCGUGGGUGUAAAACAAUUCUUCAAAGGCAUAACCAUACAGCCAUCUUAUUACAGGUAUUGUCCUCUGAUUCACUGUUGGCCAGGAUUCUGUGAACCACACUUGAACACAGUUCAGAGAGGGAAUUGUAAUGAUUAACCUUCACUUUUAAUGGCCUUCCAAUACAUUAGCACUACGGAGUGGAGUAAUUCAAGAUGCGUUAAUACUGUAUGUUAUCUUAAUGCCUCCAAGUGAGGGGAUGGCCCAUAAAAGGAGAGAGCUCUGAUGUUUGAUGUCGAUGUCAGAUGGGGACAGAUGCUAUCCAACAACACUACAACAAUCUCCGGAGCAGCUAUAUGGUUCAGGCAGUUUGCUUUAAGUAAAGAAGUUUCUUGACUAUAAAUAAAGGUUAACUGAACGCAGCACCAAUAUGAGAGAUUACGAUGGAAUUACAGCUUUCUUGGGAACAUGGGGACCCUUUCAGCGGACAAUCUUCUUGGCAUUGGCCAUCAGCAUCCUGCCCAAUGGCUUUACUGGUAUUUAUAUAGUGUUUGUAGGUGAUACCCCGCCACAUGAGUGCUUUAUUCCUGAGGAUUAUAAUGUCAGUGACAUGUGGAGAAAUGUGACCAUCCCCAUGGUGACAACGAAUGGUGUGUCACAGCGUAGCUCGUGCUCAAGACUCAAACUGGAGACGGUUAAAAACUACUCUCGCCUAAAUAUCAUUCCAAAUGUGGAUAUCAACGUGAGUGAAAUUGAGCUGGAGAGUUGCUUGGACGGUUGGAAAUACAGCAAAGAGGUCUACCAGUCAACAUUUGUCACGGAGUGGGAUGUGGUGUGUGAUAACGCGUACAAAGUUCCUUUGACCACAUCAAUUAACUACUUUGGUGCGCUUGUGGGAACAUUCAUCUCUGGCCAGAUGUCCGACAGGUUUGGAAGAAAGCCAGCACUCUUCACUACUAUAAUAAUCCAGGUUGUGGCCACAUUCGCACAAAUAUUCUCCCCAAACUGGGAGGCAUUCAGUAUUAUUUUCUUCUUUGUUGGUGCUGGAUCAGUCUCCAACUAUGUCAUAGCGUAUGUUCUUGGGACAGAAAUACUGAGCCCUGGAGUUCGAGUGGUGUUCUCCUCUCUCGGAGUUUUCCUGAGCUCUGCGAUUGGCUACAUGUUGAUGUCACCUGUGGCAUACUUCAUCCGUGAGUGGAGGUGGUUGCUGGUGCCCAUGGCAGGCUCUGGACUCAUAUACAUCCCUCUAUGGUGGGUCAUCCCAGAGUCUCCCAGAUGGCUGCUCUCUCAGGGAAGAGUUGAGGAGGCUGAGGCCAUACUGAGAGACGCUGCCAGGAGGAACAGAGUUGAAGCCCCAGAGGUCAUCUUCACUCCCUCAGAGGUAGAAGAUGCUCUGGCCAUGAAGGGCAUGAAACACAACAUUCUGGAUGUCAUGAGGAGCAGCAACAUGCUCUCAAUCACAGUUCUGUGUUCCCUUCUGUGGAUGAUAAUCUCCUGUGGUUACUUUGCCCUAAUUUUGAACACAAACAACCUCAAUGGAAAUCCCUAUGUCAACUGCUUCCUGUCUGGAGUUGUAGAAGUGCCCGCCUAUUUCAUCGCCCUGGUGCUUCUCAGAUACUGUUCCAGACACUUAUGCCAGUCCUCCACUCUCUUCCUAGGUGGCACUGUUAUUCUCAUCAUUAACAUUGUCCCAACAGAUCUCCCAGGAGUGGCAAUCUUUCUGGAGAUGAUGGGGAAGUUUGCCAUCACCGCAGCAUUCUGUGUGGUGUACGCCGUCACGUCGGAGCUCUUCCCCACCGUGGGUAGGAACAUGGCUAUGGGGACGUGCUCCAUGGCAGCACGCACAGUCACCAUCCUCUCCCCCUUCAUCAUCUACCUCGGAAAUUACUACAAGUACCUCCCAUACAUAGUUAUUGGUAGCCUGGCAAUAUGUGGGGGUCUGUGCUGCUUCAGUUUACCUGAGACAUACGGGAGGGUGUUGCCAGAAACCAUCUCACAGAUGCAACAAAUCAAAGGGUGUCGAUGCAACACAGACCAAGAUACCAAAAACAUUGAUAGCAAAUCUGAGUUUCGGGAAGGAGUCUAAAUUGUUUUCUCUUGGAUGUGUAUUAAAACUACAAAACAGUAUUCCGGCUUGAAAUUAUUAGCUAUCUUUU